GAUGAACUUCAAUUAAUAGGUAUACCCAACAUAAAUCAAAUCUCAAAAAUCAUUAAAUUCUCAUCAAUAAAACUCCAAAAAUUCUAAUAAAAGAUCAAUACCAAAUACACCUCUCUUAUCCAAACAUCCUACAACAAAUAAGAUCAACACUGUAGACGACUUUAAAAAUCAAGAAAAAUUCUUAGAUCUUAAAAAUAAAAAGACACCAAUCAUAAAAUAAAUCUCCCUUGAUACAGAACCCUAAUACUUUAAAGGAAAAAGAUUAUCAGCUUAAACAAUUUCUAAUGAUGUAGAAAAGGCUUAAUUUCUUUAAAUUUAAACAACAAGAACUGUACGUACUAGUUAAAUUCAUCGAAAUAAUACAAUUAAAGUACCAGAAACACAUUAAAUUUCCGGAGAAUAGAAGAACAAAAAUUACUUCCAAAGCGAGUCCAUUAGUAAUGAAAAGAUCUUAGAUUUGCUCUUAUUGAAUACACAAGAAUUAAAAGGCUUUUUUUAGAAAGAGAAAGAACCUCUAUAAAGAGCAAAGCCAAGAAUAAAUAAUAUUAAAGGUUUUCCAUCAGAUUUCUUUUCUAUAUUAUGA